UUAAUUAGGUGACUUCGUAUCUAGCUACGGAUUUACAAGUAGGGCAAAAGUUAUAUCGAUGAAUAUUUAGUCGAGCUAUAAAUACACCAUUUGGGACACCCUAGGGUAUUUGUGCAUUGCAUAAACAUUUUUAUUUACUAGAAUUAAGCUAAUUAAAGCAAUAUAAUUAACAAUGGCUUCGAUGCAACAAGCUGAUCAUGGCGUGAACCAAUUAUCCGACGAGGAGAAAGCAGCGAUCGGAGAGGCAAUGAAGGAGGCAGAGUCGUUGGCAAAAAACAUCAAAGAAAAGGCGGUGUACUCGAGCCAAGAUAAGGAGGUUUUGGUCACAGGAGUUAUGAAGAAUUUCCACCGUUUCGAUAUGGAGCUCUAUAAAAUAACUUCAUGGACGGGAAAAGUCAUGGAUCCUCCUCCAGUGUUAAUUAGGAAAAAUAGUAUUGGUACGUUUGUGCACAAGGGUACUAGUAAUCUUCCUGUGUCAAACUCCAAGGGUGCAAUUAUAUAUAGUUGCAAUAAGAAAUAUCCUCAUCUUGGAUGGCUCUUGGCUUGGGACAAAUCCGAUUUACAUAACAAGGUGUACGUGGAAGCUGGGAAACUAGACAGGAUCAAAGAAAUACCGGAUUGCGUAAUUUUACAAAAACUAGAUGCAUCGGGCAAUAUAAGUCGAUACUGGGAUAACGAUACAGGUGCUUCAGCAAAUGCUGAAAUUAGGAACUGGGAUGAAUCCAUUGCUACGCUUGGCGUCAGCCUUGAUCAGGAACUUUGAAUUCCCCCACAGUCGAAAAGACCGGUGCAUCAUCAUCACCGGUCGUAUCUAUAUCAACAUUAUAAACGAAGACGUGAUUAAAUAAUCCGUUUUCUCUAUAAUAUACUAUGUAUUACAUAUAAUAUGUACACUAUAUAUAUAUGUUGCUAGCUUUAUAUAUAGUGGAAUAAAUAAACAACGCCAUUCCCUUGGUUUUGUACUGCCGGAAGAUAUGAUGAAAUAUAUAUACUACAUCUAAUUUUAUCUA